CCAAGCCCCUCCUGUAGAAAAAAAAAAGACUAUAAAAGCCACAGUAUGGCAGGAAGCCGACUCAAGCAGGGGAUCAGGGAGAACAAAGUCUAAUUACAGAGAAGAGAUACAUAAGAAGACUGUAAGGCAGAUCUGAGAGAAGACACAGUCCAGUCAAUAUGCAGGGAAGCAUGAGGUUGUGGAUGUCAGUGCUGACUAUAGGUCUAUCCUUGCUGAUCUGCCUGGAAACGUUUGCAGAGGCUUACCCUUCAAAACCAGACAACCCUGGAGAGGAUGCACCAGCAGAGGACAUGGCCAAAUACUACUCAGCACUGAGGCAUUAUAUCAACCUUAUAACAAGGCAAAGAUACGGGAAGAGAUCAAAUCCUGAAGCAAUGCUGUCAGAUGUUUGGUGGAGAGAAAGCACAGAAAACAUUCCACGAUCUCGGUUUGAAGACCCUCCUAUGUGGUGAUGAAAAUGGAAUCCCAUCUUCAAUCUUUUUCAAAGUUUUUGAUUCACAUUUCAUUGCUAUAUGACAAAUCAGACUUUUAUCAACCCUCCAAAAAUAAGACCAAUGCAUGCAGACAUUUGCUGAAUUCUGUAGAAUUGUUUUAUUCUUCCACUCCAUUUGUUUAAAGAUAUCUAUUGUUGAAAUAAAUAAUUUGUGCUUUGAAAGUGCAACAAAGAAUGCGAGAGGGACAUAUCUCAUAUGUGCUGAUGCAACGAACAUACAUCAGAGGGAUGUGCGAUUUGCUGUAAAACUGGCAAGAAUCUACAGAUGUGAUCAAAAUAUCAUUCAUUUCAGUCCACUUAUAUAACAUCAAUGACUGGAUUUUACUCCAUCAUGUGUAUCUUUUCUGUGGAAAAAGUAAGAUACUGUAUGUUAAUGGUAAUUAUGUCAAACAAUUUAGCAAAAUAAAAACCAUGGAAACCCUUUUCAAAAACCGCCUUAAAAUAAAGUGUUUUUACCUGUUAGGUCCUUGGUGCUGAGAUUAGGCUUCAAGUUCACCAACAUUUUGUUUAUGAGUGUUUUAUUUUUCCCUGAUAUUUGUCUUUGCAAUUUUACAAAAUUUAUGUUCCUUAAAUUUUUGAAUUUAAUCUGUCUACCAAAAUAUAUUGUAUAAAUAUAGGUUCACAUGGAUGAUCUUAGAACGUAACUGAAAAAUCUUUGUAUCUAAAAACUGGGGACCAAUGAUCUUAUUAAAAUAUGGGUGUUCAUUAAAAUGUCUACACCUUAAAGGGGAUGCCAGGAAAAAAAACAUAUUCAUAACUUGUAGAGUAGUAAAAAUAAUUGAAAAGCUAUACUCACCCAACCUGCUCCCCCGCUGCUACAGUCCUUAUGGCCUUGUCCCUAGUCUUCUUGGCUUCUACCUUGAUGACUAUGGUCACAACAUGACAGGAAGCAAAAAGAAGCUAAGACCAGGGACCGGAGACCCCCUUGACUGCAGCAGCGGAGUAGGUUGGGUGACCUUACAUUGUUCAUUAUUUUUACCACACCUCUAGCCAUCGAGUUUUUUUAUUUAUUUCCUAGACACCCCCUUUAUGUGAAUAUCCACCCUUGAAUAUAAUCUAAAUAGGUUAAAAAGGUUACAGCGGACAGAGCUUUUGUCUUAUGAUACCUAUCUUUAUAUCCCCUAGAUUGACAAUUAUUUAAUCUAUAAUAUUUGCUCCCUAAGGGAUUUUAGGACCUUAGUGGACACUUUUUUACAAGACAUUAUGCAGACUGGCAGCAAGACAGUAAGCUAAGGAAUCCAAAAUUAUACUGACAAUUACAUAUUUAUACAUUCAAACUUGCACAUAGAGACAUUAACUUCCAUGUGAACGAUCGAUAACACUGUGCUAUUAUCAUUUUAUUUUAUCCAAUUAUUCAGUGAUCAAUAAAAUACAACAUUUUACAUGCAUCAUUUUGAGGAUAAUGUGAAAAUAAAUCAUACUAAUGUAAGCAUUU